AAUGGAAAAGAUGGAAAAUUACCACCCGACGAUAAAUUAUGUAAAUGCCCUCCUUCUAACAACGAUGGCGGCAAUGGCAAAGAAAAUGACAAUAAAGAUGGCGGCAAUGGCGAUGGAAAAGCACCAUCCGAUAAUGAUAAAUUAAAAACACCUCCAGCUAAUGGUGAUGGAAAUAACAACCAAGAUAAUUUAAAAACACCUCCCGCUAAUGGUGAUGGAAACUUGGCAGACAUCCGAAAACAGAAUGCCGCUGAUGCAAAAGCUUUACAAAAGAAAUUUGAUGCACUCAAGCCAGACGAUAAAUGUAAUGACAAUGACGUAGCUUGCGUUGAUAAUAAGUUUGCCCAAUGUUCUGGUGGAAAAUUUGCUUUAAGUGAUUGUGCUUCUGGAACCAUCUGUGCUGCUUUACCUUUAGUUUUGAAGAAGGGUACUACUGUUGCUUGUACUACUGAAGCUGAUCGUGAUGCUAGACUUAAACAAUCUGAAACAAAUACAAAAUAA